GGGUAUAAAGUCUCGUCUUCUUCUUGCUGUUCCUGUUGUUGAGGCCUUUGGGAACGGUAGAGUUGUUCGAAUUCCGCCUGAAGAAAAAAAUUUUCACGUCUUCUACAGCCUCUAUAACGCAGCAAAAGAAGCACAGAAGCAGCAGCAGCAGCAGCAGCAGCAGCAACAGCAGCAGCAGGAAGAGCAGCAGCAGGAGCAGCAGCAGCAGGAGCAAGACUGGUUGUUUGAGGAGCUGCUGCAGCUGGGUUUAUGCGAUGUUUCUUCGUUUUGUUUGCUGCCGUCUGCAACCGAAGAAGGAGACACCGCACAUUCAAAGCUUCAAGCGAUUCUCGCUGCUGCAGCAGCUGCUGCAGCAAGGCUGCUGGGGCUGCAGCAGGAGCUGCUGCUGCAGCGACUGAAGUUUAGAGAUAUUCGCGACGUACAGAAACACUUGAGUGCAGCAGAAGCAGCAGCAAACAGAGAUGCUCUCAUCAAGACAGUGUACAGCCGCCUCUUUGACUUUCUUGUCUACAAAAUUAAUCUCUCUCUUAAUCCUUCUCCUCUCCCGGAAGAAGCACCAGCAGCAGCACCUCCAGCAGCAGCAACAGCAGCAGCAACAGCAGCAGCAACAGCAGCUCCAGCAGCAGCUCCGGCAGCAGCAGCACCUCCAGCAGCAGCAGCAGCCACUGAUGCUGCUGCUAGCAACGACGCAGCCUCACAGAGAGGAGACACUUGGUUGGGGGUCCUCGACAUCUUCGGCUUUGAAGACAGAACGCUUCAUCAUCGCUCAAACGGUUUAGAGCAGCUCUGCAUUAACUACGCGAGCGAGCGGCUGCAUUGUUUGCUGCUGGAGGUUUCGAUGGAAGCAGCAAAGGGCCGCUUCUUAGCUGAGGGGCUCUCUGCUGCUGCAGCACAAAAGCAGCAGCAGCAGCAGCAGCAGCAGCAGCAGCAGCAGCAGAUAGAGACAGCAGCAGAGUUGCUGCAACGCAGUGCUGCUGUAUGCAACGCCAUCGCAGGCGCUGGAGAACUCCCAGGCGAAUAUACAGAAGAAAUGCGCAAGGGAAAGUCUUUGUUUGCGUUGUUGGAGUCGUUUUGCUGGCUGCCGCCUCUCGCCUGCUCUGAUGAUGCCUUUAGCCAGCGAGUGUAA